AGCUAUUGAGGAUUUUGAGAGGAACAAAAACAAGAAUAUUCUUUGACGAAAAUAUUAUACUUGACAGAAAAUUGAAUGUCCUUGCUGUUAAGAAGAAUCUGAUCGAUGACAUAAUGUUUCAACGUGCCUUUUGCUUUUGGCAAUGCCAAAGAAUCAAGAAUCAAUUAGAAUUUCCAGUCGCCAGUCUUAUAUUCAAAAUGAACAUGAAAUUCUCUGAUCCCUAUCGUCGUGGCGCCAAUAUUGAAGGAAUAUUUUUGCUGAAUGAUUGAAAUCGGAGUGUGAAAAAAAAAUUGAACAAAAGGUAAUAGCAAACAAAGGAAAAAUGCAUAUAUUUUUUCACCCAUAGAAGAUCGGAAAUGGUGCGGAUAGUGUUAGCAUGAAUUCUUUGUCACAUAUCAGUCAUUGCCCUCUGGAGCUUGAAUUGUUUUUCCGGUUGACGAGAUUGCAAUUCCGUUCUGUUUGCCAAUUUUCUGAUUUGGUAAAAAUUUAUGUGGUUGUUUUUGAGGGCAAAGGAAUGAACUACUGAAUUUUUCACACCUCCACAAAUUGGACGAUAAUGAGAAGCGAAGAUCAGGUUUUUAUUUUUUUCUUGGACAUGGAGAUAAUUCAAAAUUACAAUUUGCAAUAUUGUGAAAUAUCAACCCCAUUUCACCUUCAGAAGUUUAUUACAAAAAAAAAAAGAAUUGAAGUCAUCGACUUCAAAGCGGAAGAAAUGACAUCAGCGAUUCAGUGAUUGCUACUUGUGCAUUCCACUGAAAAACCUGAGUCAAAUUCAAUGGGAAUGUUUACAAGAAAAACAACAAGAUGUUUUAACGGAAUUUAUAGUCAUCGAAUUAAAAAUAAUUAUCAAUAUCGAGUCGUUAGCCUAUGUAAGGGAUAUUCAGAGAAAUUUUAAAAUAGAUAAACAGACGUCAGAAGAUGCUGUGAUUAUAAUAACGAAGACCCCUUUGGUUGUGGUAGGGUACCGCAUAAAAUGAACCGGCCACCUGGCAGUAAACUCAGUUUCUCGCGAGCUCUCAACAGUGAUUGUCCUGAGAUUUAUAACAAGUCUACUUUAAAAAAAAGUGCCAUUUGAAAUACUUUUCUGUGUUUUGAUUUUGAAUUUUUUAAAAACGAAGAAAAACAAUUUGCCUGUGAAAAAUCAAGUUUUCUAAAUUUCGUGAUCCAGUGGCAAAGGAGAAAAAAAAAUAUCAAGGAAUUCUAUCUUGAGACUUUGAUCGGAGGACACAAAAAUAAGAAAAAAAAAUGAAGAUCUCUUUUAUUGUUGCCUCGAUUCUGGGAGUUUGUCUCAUUUCAAAAGCCAAUGGAUCUGCUAUUCCAAUUUGGGAAAGUCUCGCCAAGGGUGAAAAAAUGAGCAGAUUGUUCGAUAGAUUUAAAUUACAAGCGGAAAGUUAUUGUUCACAUUCAUCGAGUCCGGAUUGUAAUAAAAAUUUGUUGGUAACUGCAUCGCAAAAAUUGGCCAGCCUAAGCAAUGAUCAAAUGGAUCUUUUAGAUCCCUAUCAAAGAAAUUCUGAAGAAAUGAUUUGGCGAGCAUUGACAGAAGGAGUCAAAGAAAACAUUGAUGACGUCGAUGAACGUUUCUCUAUUACAUCGACAGUUUACACUGAAGGUGAGAAUGGCCUGGCAGAAGAAUCAUCACCAAUUGCAAAUUACAUACAACCGGCUAAUCGUCCCGGACCUUUUGUGGUUGGUCCAAUGGUGUCACGAGUAUUGCCAGACGGUCGUCCAGUUCCUGGUGAUGAAAUUAUUCCCAAGGACGAGGAUAUUGAAGAUUUACGAUUUUCCCCAUUGCCAUCAAUCGAGGAAAUUGAGACAAAAACCAAUAGUCGUUAUUAUCAAAAACCAGAGAGAUAUAAUCAUAAUGCUCUCGUUUCACCAUUCCAUGAUCAACGACCAAGAUAUUUUAUUAGAAAUCGUCGAAAUAAUUAUCCACUACGUGAACCAAUUUUCUUCACGUUUCCCUUCGAUUUACGUUAUUAUUAAGAUGAUGUUGAUGUGAUGAUGAUGCUUUUCAAAAUCCAAGGAUUUUAGUUAUUUCCUGACGAAUGAUCGCUGAGUGAAUCUUUAAAGGUUUUUCUAUUUUUUUUUUUUUUUUAUUUAUUUAUUAUUUUUUUUUAUUGAAAUAAGAAAAAAUCAGAAAUGUUUCAUUCUCGAUCAUGAAAACUAAGACUCAUACUAUUAUUAUUUAUUUUAUAAGACUUCAAACUCUAUUUAUUUGUUUCUUUAUUUUUGUUCUUUUUUUUAUAUCAUUUCAUCUGAAUUAUUUUUGAAUCAUUUACAAAACUUUUUCAUUUCUUUUUAUUUAGAAUUUAAUUCAUUUUUUUUUUUACAAAAUUUUUUCGUUUUCAUCAAAAUUCAAUUUUAGAUUAUUGUAAAUGUUUGAUAAUUUCUGAUUUACAAAAUAUUUUACAUUUUAUCAAAUUGAAAAAACUGUAACUUUCUUUUAUUUGAAUUGUAAUUAAUUUUUCUUUUAGCGUUAAUUAGUUGUUAUAUGGUCUUGUGAUAAAUGUAGUCAUAAGAUGCUUUUGUGUGAAUUAAAAAAUUCACACAAUUUGUAUGUCAUAUUGAUAGUGAUUUAAAAUUUUUUCAAUUCUAUCAAAAAUGAUUGAAUUAAAAAAAUAUUUAACUCGCGACGAUUGUAAAUAGAAAAUUGUAAAAUUAGUGCAUAAUUUUUGUAAUUUGAACUAAUUUUUAAAUUAUUUCAAUAAGAAAUAAAUCAUUUUUAAUUAAAUUAACGAUUUUAAUUUUCAUUUUCAGAAAAUUAAAUUAUUAAAUUUCUGAAUAACAAAAUUUUAAUGAACUGACAUCGUUAUUUAAAUCUUUUUUUAUUUAAAUAGUAUUUUAUCUUUAUAAAUUAUCACUAUUGUUAAUUAUAGUAUCUUGACUGUAAGAAAGUUUUAGAAUUAAAUCGAAAAACAUUUAUAAUAGAAAAAGAAGACUUUUGUCUUCGAUACAUAAUUCACGCUUACAGUUAAAAAUAUUAUUUUAUAAGCUGUACAAGAGAAAUUUCUUUCUUUUUUUUCAGAUUUUAAGUCACAUACAAAUUUUGAAUUAUCAAAUCUGUACACAUUCAUCACCAUUUAAAUAUCUACA